GCGCGCGGGGUUGACGACCCAGCGUUUGGCGCGGAUUGCAGGCGCGGACUGCGGGAGUGGCGGAGCGGCCGGGAGGCGCGGCGGCGCAGCGUGAGGCUCUUUGCGUGCCGAGGGCCAGAGGCCACGAGGCGGGGUCUACAUGGAAGUGAAGGAUGCCAAUUCUGCGCUGCUCAGUAACUUCGAGGUGUUCCAGUUACUAACUGAUCUGAAAGAGCAACGUAAAGAAAGUGGAAAGAAUAAACACAGUUCUGGGCAACAGAACUUGAAUACUAUCACCUAUGAAACAUUAAAAUACAUAUCAAAAACACCAUGCAGGCACCAGAGUCCUGAGAUUGUCAGGGAAUUUCUCACAGCAAUGAAAAGCCACAAGCUGACCAAAGCUGAAAAACUGCAGCUGCUGAAUCACAGGCCUAUGACUGCUGUUGAGAUCCAGCUGAUGGUGGAAGAGAGUGAAGAACGGCUCACAGAGGAGCAGAUCGAAGCGCUUCUCCACACUGUCACAAGCAUCCUGCCUGCGGGGCCAGACGCCGAGCAGCAGAAAAACACCAACUGUGAUGUGACAAUGGAUGAAGAGGACUCAGCAUAGAAGAGUACAGCUGGUCCAAGCGUCUCAUGAAGUUGGAAGGCCCAGCAGCCAUUUUCCAGACAUAGAAGAUUGUUUAAUUUUACCCUCCACCCCAACAGACCUGUUUUCAUGAUCAGUUGGGUAAAUCACAAAAAAUAAACCUUUCUCAAAAAUAAGCUAAAGAGAAAUACUUUGCCUCCAGGAAAAGAAACAUGGUGAGGACUGGCUGAGAUUGUCAUGGCAGAGAACUAAAGGAAGGAGGACAGAGUCAAAGAGGACAAUGACUGUGAACCCCCUGUGAUAGAAAUAUUUCUUCUAUGGCCUUUGCCACAGGUGUGGGAAAGUCUUUCAUACACAGCUGGUAAAAUGCUUGCGUUGCCUUUGACCAGCUGUGUCCUACUAAUUAGUUUCAUCUACUUCCCUAGGAGCUUCCUAAGCAGGAGCAGAGUGCUGUUGGGAUAAAAAGUGAAUUAUGAGAAUGCAGUGAGCUGGCUAAAAACUCCCAGAGCAUCUCUGGCUUAAAUGAGGCACCGAAUUUGGCUCACGUUAGAGGAACCUUUUCCUCAAAAACAGCAAAGGUAAGACAAGAACAGGUCUGGCCAACCGUCCUCAGGUCUAAAGGCCCUUUUCCUCUGAUGGCGUGGACUCUGUCUACAGGCUUACAUUUUAGUCUUUAAUGUCUGGGCACAGCUCAUGCCACUUGGAAAGAGGCCUUUCAAACUGAAUGACUAGCAACAGAAAUGUAGUGUUGGUUGUCUUUCUGACUACCCUCAGUUUCUUGCCCUGGGUAGGUGCCUCCUGUUAAGACCAGGUGAGCUUUGUUUGCACAAUAGGUAAAUUAUUUACAUCUUUAUAAAGGGCACAAUUAGGUACCCAUUUUCAUAGAAUAUGUAAGAACUAGAGGGUGAUUAAUAAAAUUUGAAUUGUUGGCUGUUACAGAGUUGUUUCAGGUUUUUAAAAUUUAAAAUAUUAGGAUAAUUACCAUGUGAAGAGCUUGUUAAUAUUCAAGCAUUGGAGAGUUUAGUAGCUCCAGAUAUGUGGUUGCCUUUGGUCCUAGGAACAUUGAAAAAAGGUCUAGUUUCUCUCAUUCACUUGGCUCCCUAUUUGAGGAAGAAAAUGCCUAUAGACAUUAAUUUUCCAAAUUGGCACUCGUUUUGUUGAAAGAUUACGUACUUUCAAUGCUCCUAUUAAUUGGGUUACUUCCCACUCCCUUGUGAUUUCCAGGUUUUCGUUUUCUUUACCUCCUCCCCACUUCCAGUUGUAAUUAUGUCAGUCUUAUCACCUAAGGAUCAAGGGAAAUCUGCUUACUGGCAACAUUAAAAUUAUAGGACAUUUAAUUGUGAAUCUUUCUUGAGUAUUAGAAGUUUUACCAGGGGCUGUUGAUUUAUUUGUUAGUCAAAGCAUACAUAUGCCUGUGUAUUAUUGUUUCAUCUUAACCCUGAGUGUGUGAGACUUUUUUACUUGAUGGGUUUAGGGCUUAAUCAACUUAAUAAUAAAUUGUUUCCAGGUGACUGCCAAAUUCUGUUAUUUUUUAAGUGUUUGAAGAAUUUGUUUUUCUAUGGAUAGAAGAAAUCAAAUGAAAUCCUGACUUAAAGUUUAAAAUGUGAUUUUUUAAAAAAACUGUCUACGUAGAUCUAAAUUUUGUGUUGGAAUUCAGGAAGACUUUGUUUUCAUAUUUGGGAUCUGAAUGUAGCCUCAGUUUCUGAUUAAACCACACAGGCUCUGCAAUACUCAGCUCUCAUCAGAAACAUUUUGUAUAAUAUUCCUAUCACAUUAAUAAUAAACAUUUUGGAAAUAAAAAGUCAUAAUUUAUACAAGAAA